AUGGCGACUCCGUUGCUCAUCUCGUUCGACCCCUCCACCCCCACCUCCGGACUUUCUCUCAAGCAGAUCGCCUACUUCGGCCGCGCGCUGGUCAAGGUCUCAACUCUCGCCCAGGCAGAGCAAUUCCUGCGCCAGAACUUCCGCACCCUCGAUGUCUUUGUCGACGCGACCGAGGUCUCCUCCGCCGGCGAUCUCGUCGAUAUCCUCAACGCCGGUGCCGCCAAGAUCCUGAUUACCUUGGACCAGUUGACCACCCUCACCGAAGAGCAAUCCGUUCCCUCGUCCCGCUUACUCGUCUCCGCCUCUUCAGACUCCCAGCUGGACACCCUCCAACAAUGGGUUGCCGCCAAUGCCGAGCGCAGCGAGGCUAGCGUCUGCACCGACCCCGCCAACAUCCCCGCCGCCGCCGAGAAAUUGAAGAUCAGCUCCGACUCACCACGUCUCUUCACUUCUUUCGGUAGCCAGGCUGUGACAGAGGAUGCGAUCAAGCAGGUUACAAAGCAGGGCGCCAUUUCCAUCGUCCCUUCCGCGGCAUUGACCGUUGAGCGGGAUGUAGCUGGGCAGGUCUCUGCUGCCCGCCUUCUUGCGUCGUACGCUGUCACUGACCAGGCCAAUGGUCUCUAUGCUACGGCUGUCACUGAUGAGCGUGGUGCCUGCCUUGGCUUUGUGUGGAGCAGCGACGAGAGCAUUGCCGAGGCCCUGCGCACCGGUACCGGCGUUUACCAGAGCCGCAAGCGCGGGCUAUGGUACAAGGGCCAGUCGAGUGGUGAUGUCCAGGAGUUGAUCCGCAUUGGCUUUGAUUGCGAUGCUGACUGCUUGGUCUUUGUGGUCAAGCAAAUUGGACGUGGCUUCUGCCACCUCGGUACUGAGACCUGCUUCGGCGCAUCGGCCGGUCUGUCGCGCCUUCAGAAGACUCUAGAUUCUCGCAAGGCCGAUGCUCCCGCUGGAUCGUACACCGCGCGUCUGUUCAAUGACCCUAAGCUCGUUGGUGCCAAGAUUAUGGAGGAGGCUGAUGAAUUGUGUCGUGCGAACACCAAGGAGGAGAUUGCUUUCGAGGCUGCCGAUCUCUUCUACUUCGCUCUGACCAAGUGCACUGCUGCUGGUGUCAGCUUGGAGGAUAUCGAGCGCAACCUUGACCUGAAGAGCUUGAAGGUCAAGCGGAGAAAGGGUGACGCCAAGGGACCUUGGGCUGAGAAGGCUGGCCUUGCUCAGCCUGAGUCGAAGCCUGCUCCUGCCCCUGCUCCAGUUGAGGACCGUGAAUCUCGCAUUGAAAUGAAGCGGGUGAUCACCACCUCUACCACUCCCCAGGUUGUCUCUGACUACCUCAAACGUCCCUCCCAGAAGUCCAACGAAGCCAUUGUCAACCUGGUCAAGCCCAUCAUCCAGGAUGUCCGUGACGGCGGCGAUGCCGCUGUCCUCAAGUACACCCACAAGUUCGAGAAGGCUACAUCACUCACAUCCCCCGUCAUCCACGCACCAUUCCCUGCUGAACUCAUGAAGCUCACCCCGGACGUCCAGGAAGCCAUUGAUGUCAGUAUCGGCAACAUCCAGCGCUUCCACUCUGCCCAGAAGGGAAGCAACGACGCUCUCCAGAUGGAGACUAUGCCCGGUGUUGUCUGCUCCCGCUUCUCUCGCGCCAUCGAGCGUGUCGGUCUGUACAUCCCUGGUGGUACUGCCGUGCUGCCUUCCACCGCCAUGAUGCUGGGUGUGCCCGCCAUGGUGGCGGGCUGCAACAAGAUCGUCCUGGCUUCUCCUCCCCGCUCUGAUGGCAGCAUCUCCCCCGAGAUCGUCUACGUCGCCCACAAGGUAGGCGCCGAGAGCAUCGUCCUUGCUGGUGGUGCCCAGGCUGUCGCUGCCAUGGCCUACGGCACCCAGAGCAUCAGCAAGGUUGACAAGAUCCUGGGUCCUGGCAACCAGUUCGUGACCGCCGCCAAGAUGUUCGUGUCCAACGACACUUCCGCAGGUGUCAGCAUCGACAUGCCCGCCGGCCCCAGUGAGGUUCUCGUCAUUGCCGACAAGACCGCCAACCCGGCCUUUGUUGCCUCUGACCUGCUCAGUCAGGCUGAGCACGGUGUCGACUCCCAAGUCAUUCUCAUCGCCGUCGACCUCUCCGAGGCUGAGCUGCGCGCUAUCGAGGACGAGGUCGAUGCCCAGGCCAAGGCCCUCCCCCGCAUGGAUAUUGUCCGUGGCUCCCUGGAGCACUCUGUCACUUUCGUCGUGCGCGACAUCAACGAGGCCAUGGUCCUCAGCAACGAUUACGCGCCUGAGCACCUGAUCUUGCAGGUCCAGAACCCCGAGUCUGUUGUCGAGCAGGUCCAGAAUGCCGGUAGCGUCUUCAUCGGUCCCUGGACUCCGGAGAGUGUUGGCGACUACUCCGCCGGUGUCAACCACUCCUUGCCAACCUACGGCUACGCCAAGCAGUACUCCGGUGUCAACCUCGGUUCCUUCUUGAAGCACAUCACCAGCUCAAACCUCACCGCAGACGGCCUCCUCGGUCUCGCAAAGACUGUCGAGACUCUCGCUGCCGUGGAAGGUCUUGAGGCUCACAAGCGUGCUGUGAGCAUUCGUGUUGCGCAGAUGAAGAAGGACCGGUCAUAG